AUGGCUCACUCUCCUCCUUCGGCCUCUCUGAGCCUCCCAAUGGCAGCCUCUAAAAAGCGUCCUUCGCUACCCUCUGUCAUUUCUUCGGCCUCUCAGCCUACCAAAAAGCCGCGCCUCCACCCUCUUCGUCAAACCUCAUUUCCAAUUUCUGCAGAUACGGAUGCCCGGAUUUAUACAGGAACUACAAAAGCAAGAUCAGAGCUUGAUGCCGCAAGCUUUACAGGCUCUUUUACGGGCUCUUUUACCGGGAGUGUUGACGGUGGAGGUGGGCGCGGAGGGAAAAGGCGGAAAGGUAAGAAGGAUCGCGACACAGCAGGAAGUAUGCGAGACGGCGUUCGCGAUGGAAAAAGAACAGGGUCAGUGAAAGCUGCCGAUGAGGAGGCGGAGGACGACGACGAUGACCUCGGUGAAGUGGAACUGAGGCGUGAUGAUGUUGCUGUAGAUGCUGAAGCGGAGAAGAAUCUUGCAAUAUUAAUCGAUGCUUUCAGUCCGGAGCAAUCAGAGCGAUAUAAUUUUUUUAAACGAGCAAAACUGAACAAACCAACUUUGCGCAAAAUUGUCAAUCAGACUCUCUCACAAUCUGUUCCACCCAACGUUAUCACCGCUAUUAGUGGGUAUACAAAAAUCUUUAUUGGAGAAAUGAUCGAGAAGUCAAGAAAUGUCCAAGGGGACUGGGCUGAUGCCGCCGAUUCAACAGCUUUCGAGUCAUAUAUUUUAGAGGAGGAUGCCCGGGCGCUUGAGGGGUCGCUUCUUGGGAGUAAGUUCGAGAGCAGCGUUGACCAAAAGGCUACUACCACAUCGGUGAGUCAACUUCAAUCCGCGAACGCCGAGGAGCCGUCAGCAGCGGCCGCAGAACAACAGAUUUCCAAGAGAAAUUUGGAUUCGUCACCGCCUCAAGACGUAAUUACUCCUAUGACAAAUACAGAAGUCAUUAUGCCUGAAAUAACGCCAUUCUUGCCCCCUGCAAACCCUCAUCGUGGCCCUAUUCUACCAUCUCAUCUGCGUGAAGCUCUGCGGCGCUACCGGCGUGAUGGAGAGGGUGGGGGAGUCGGAUUCACUGGCUUAAGUAUGAAUGGUCUAGCUGUUCGUGGUGCAUUCACAUGGGGUGUGCACGGUAGCGGUGGCGGUGGCAGAAGGCUGUUCAAGUGA